UCGAGCUCCCCCGGUCGCUACCACAGCUGCCACGACACAGCUUGUACUCCAGGUGCAUUGCACGAUGGCGCAGGUGGCUAAGCGGCUUCUCCUGGUGGCCCUGUUGGUGGUGUCAGCGGUGGAGCUGUGCCGCGCCAUGCCGUUUGACAAGAAGGACCUGGAGUCGGACGAGGCGCUGUGGGACCUGUACGAGCGGUGGCAGGCGCACCACCGCGUGCACCGGCACCACGGCGAGAAGGGCCGCCGCUUCGGCACCUUCAAGGAGAACGUCCGCUUCAUCCACGCCCACAACACGCGCGGCGACCGCCCCCACUACCGCCUCCGCCUGAACCGCUUCGGCGACAUGGGCCGCGAGGAGUUCCGCUCCGCGUUCGCCGACUCCCGCAUCAACGACCUCCGCCGGGAGCCCCACGCCGCGGCCGCGGUGCCCGGGUUCAUGUACGAGGACGUCGCCUACCUGCCGAGCUCCGUGGACUGGCGCCAGGAGGGCGCGGUCACCGCCGUCAAGAACCAGGGCAAGUGCGGCAGCUGCUGGGCCUUCUCCACGGUGGUGGCCGUGGAGGGCAUCAACGCGAUCCGGACGGGGAGGCUGGUGUCUCUGUCGGAGCAGGAGCUGAUCGACUGCGACAAGGAGGAGAACGGGUGCCAGGGCGGGCUGAUGGAGAACGCCUUCGAGUUCAUCAAGGCCCACGGCGGCAUCACCACCGAGGCCACCUACCCGUACCGCGCCCGCAACGGCACCUGCGACAGCUACCGAUCCCGGCGCGGGCAGCUGGUGUCCAUCGACGGGCACCAGAUGGUCCCGGCGGGUAACGAGGAGGCCCUGGCCAAGGCGGUGGCGAACCAGCCGGUGUCCGUGGCCAUCGACGCCGGGGGCCAGGCGUUCCAGUUCUACUCGGAGGGCGUGUUCACGGGGGACUGCGGCACGGACCUGGACCACGGCGUGGCGGCGGUCGGGUACGGCGUCGGCGACGACGGCACGCCGUACUGGGUCGUGAAGAACUCCUGGGGCCCCGGGUGGGGCGAGGGCGGGUACAUCCGGAUGCAGCGCGGCGCCGGCGACGGCGGGCUCUGCGGCAUCGCCAUGGAGGCAUCCUUCCCCAUCAAGACGUCCCCCAACCCGGUGCGCAAGCCCCGGCGCGCGCUCCUCUCCGGGGACGCCUCCGUCUCCACCUCGUCCCAGUGAUCCAACGAUCCGAGUGAGCAUCCGAACGAACGUACCACGCAUCAGCUCAGCUGGCACGUAGCCAGGACUACUUCUACUACUGUUUGCUUGUUGUAUUAUCGAAUUGGGUUGUACUGAUGGUUUGAUUGUGUACUGUUUGCCGGUCUCGGUCAGAGACGAAACUAGAAUAAAGUAGUAGCGCAUGUGCGCAACAAAGUAAGA